UUUUUCCAAAACAAUUGCUGCCACGGCGCAGCUAUGAGAUACGUAAGCUAAGAUUUAAUUUUGUUUUUUCCAUAAUUCAACAAUUACUCGUCGAAUUAGAAGGAAAAAUUGUGUAAGACGAGAUCGCCUAUAUGUGGCUCUCAACAAAUAUGAAAGUGAAGAUACGCGAUAAACACGGUAUCGUGAACAGAGUGGCGGGAGAAUACAAGUAAAUAUCAGAUCAGCUGAUGAGUGACAACAGACAGACGAAGACCCAUUGUUCUUGUUCUUGGUUAUGGCGACAAGCAGUUCUGAUGGGUCCUGUACAGCACCUGCAGAUUUCCAGCUUUCGUCAGAGUUGGAAGAUACCUCAAGCCGUUUGAGCGUAAACUUAUUAAUGUGUCCACUUUGCCAUAACAGUCGCCGAACUUUUUAUUGUCGACAAUGCAUUCAGAAUGGAGAUUUUAUUCAUUCAACUUCUGUUUACUCAGAAAGAUUUUCUGAGAAAGAAUUACGACUCCUGCGGUUGAAAGCAGCAAAGGUUCAGUUAGAAGAGAAAUGCAUGAAAGCUCUUGAGAAACACAGACAAAGGGAUAAAUUGAUAUGUGACAUAAAUAUUUGUAAAGAAAGAGUAAGAUUAAUCCAAACUCUGGUGAAUGAAACAAAGCAAAGUAUAAACCGAGGGAAUCAGCGGUUGAAUGUUCUCAAAGAUGUAAACUCUCAGGUAGCACUUAGAUUACCCAAACAUGAAGAACGAGUAGAAAGAUUGCACAGACAUGUUACUGGACUGUGGGCAAAGCAGGAGAAACAAAAAGAAGCAGUAGAUAGAAAAAGACAACAGCUAAAAAAAGUGAUAAGAACUGCUGCAAAACAGCUAAUUCAGUAUAUUUUUCCAAUAUCAAUAGUUCAAGCUAACAGAAGUUUAUCUAGCAGUGAGGAAGAUACUAGUGCAGAUGUUGUAACUUGUGCACUAGCAGAUGCUUCUGGUACAACUUAUGUCAGAGGUAGAUGGAUCAGUGAUACAAACAAUUCCUCAGAAGUUCAACACUGUAUAGUUGCACCCACUUUACCAGGAUCUGGCAACUAUAGUGCUUAUUCUCUAUGGGUGGCCGCAAACAAAGACGGAGUACCAGGUGCAAAUAAGGAAACUGCAAUGCACAAUCCAGCUUAUAAUAUCAGUGCUGCUUUAACUUAUGCUACACAAUUGGUUAAUAUUAUUGCUUACUAUGUUAAUGUAAGACUACCAUAUAAACUUUCUUAUAGUGAAUUUUGUGGGAAUGAGAUGUCAGAACAAAAAUUUGCGAGAAAAGUAGCAAGGCUUAAUAGCAAUAUUUUACAUUUAUGUUUUACACAAAAUACCGAUACUACAGUUUUACAUCCAACUCACACAUUGCAAAACUUGAUGCACUUGCUCAAUACCGAAAUCAGUGAUCUUGGAAGAGUUGGUCCAGUUGAAGUAGAUCCAAAUAUUAUAGCACAACUGCAGAGUCAAUUAGCUCCAGAUUUAGAGAAUAGUGACGAUUCUGCUUCCGAUGAAGAGGAAGAUGCUAUUAAUUGGGAAUGGGAAGCUGUUCCAAACGUCGCGUGCCCUGAAAUGACUGUACCGAUUCCUGGUGCAAUGAUCAACAACAGUCAACAGUCAUCUAGUAUGCAAGUGAAUCAGAGUGUUGGUUUAGUUACAAGUGCUGCGGCAAGUAUAGCCUCCUUUUGGCGUGGUUGGACAGCCAACAGGUAGACCUGUUGGUUGGUUAGACCUGUUAUUAUUAAAGUAAAGAAACUUCUUUUUAUACAAACUGGAAGUAUAUAUGUAAGAAUAUAUAUGUAGCGGAUGACACAAACGAUAAUGCUUUAGAACACGCGAAGUAUUAUGUCGAGAAGCGGUUAAAAUGUGUAACGUACUGUACAUACUACAUCUCUGGAUUGAUUGGUUCACAUAAGACACAAAUUGAUUUGAUUCCGCUACUGAAGAUUUCGUAAGAUCUGACAGCUAGUUUAUGUUAAAACAUUUCUGUAAUAUAUUCAUUUUGUGUUGUUAUUUACUUGUAAUAUAAUUCCAAUAUAUUUUAUAUUACACUCGUGAUAAAGAUCACUAACACUUUGGUACAAAUUUUUCAGUGUACAAGCGAACGUUUAAUACGCGAUUAUAUCGUGAUAUCAUUAUCAAAUAUGAUUCGUUAAAAAGAACGUGUGUACGUGAGUUGAAAACGACUGCCUUUUUUUACGCUCACUGCACUUUGUGUGAUUAUAUAUUCAUUAAUAUGUACAUAAAUUGUUUGCUCGCAUCAACGACCUCAUCAUAUAUAUUUUGUUUAACUUAUGUACUUGAAAUUUGAACAAAAACAGUCGAAGCAUUGUGAAACUUUUUGUUUCUUUACGUAAUCGGACAAGUCAAGUUAGAAGCGUGCUACUUAAAGACGAUGUGUGUGUGUGUGUGUGUGGUUUAAGAAACGAUGUUUUAAAAGUGUUAUUAUUUUCGUGUAGCUACGAUCAUACCAUGUUUCCUGUAUAUUUUUGAUUACAUAUUAUAGAAACUAAGACCUGUUAAAACACUUCAUACCUGACAAUAUACAACAUGAAUGUAAAAGGAGA